AUGGUGGGACACGCGAGUUAUAUGUGUCCUUUCAUGGUGGGCUCCGAGCAUCUGGUGGACCCCCAAGAUGAUGUGGCUCUUUGGAUUACAGUAGAUUUUCCCGAAGCAACGAGGUUUACCCAUAGUGACGAACAGCUGAUGGAGUUUGUGGUUCAGCAGGUUCAAACCCACAAUAUCAAUAUUUCCGCUCACGCCCAGCAUUACCUGCGACACUGGUGUAUCUCGCUACCAGUUGUCGGAGUGCCUAGGGAUGAGGAACACAAUGAUGCAGUCAUGGCUCAGGCUAAGGCUCUGGCGCUCUGGUGGCUCAAAGCAAUUCGUGCACAGAGGGUCCAUCUUGACCGGAGUGUGAUUUUCCCUUGA